AUGCCUUCUUUGAACACAACAGACGAGUCCCUGAAUGACGACAAUGCGCAUGUGCAAGAGUUGAAAAGAAUCUUUCUCUCAUGCAAUGUUGACGAACGGGAGUGUUUGACGGCGAUCGGCUUGUCGAGGCUGUGUGACAAGCUGAAGUUGACCGCUUUUGCUCCCGAUAUUAUCACGCGAGUGCUCCAUGGAGAAGAUCAUGUCAAUUUUCAUGAUUUCAAAGAUCGUUUCGUUGCACUGCUGCCCGAAAUAAUCGAUGUCGCGUCGGGGACGGUGGAUGAAUUGGUGACGAAAGCUGUGCAAAAUGCCCGAAAAUUGGGGAUUGGAGACACGAGUUGCAGACUCACUCGCUACGAGACGAGACUUUUAUGCGAGAAUACAAGUGAACUGCAAUCAUUGACAUCGGGUGAUGUAUCGGCUCUCUUCGAUCGAGCUGAUAUUGAUCGAAACGGCCGUGUCUCCGUUCAUCAAUUCCUUCAACAAUUCCGUUUACAGAAGCGAUUAUCCGCUGAGGUUCAUUUCAUUGCCGAUUCUUUUGUCUCCACGUUGAAUCUCUUCGACGCUUUGGAUACGGCAAACACGGGUACCAUUGACAGUCAAGAUCUGCUCGAGUAUUGGUCAAAGGCGGGGCUGAGGAUCGAUGAGGGGAUUUCCGUUUUGAAGCAAUGUGGUCAACCGAUCGCUGGCACAGUGAACGCCGUUUUUCUCUCUGGAUUUUUGGAACGAGAGCUCAGCGAUGCGGCUGCUGAAGCUCCAGUAGCCGUCAAAACCGCCAUCAUCGCUUUGCACUCUUGUAUCGAUUAUUUGCGGUGUUGUGUGAAAGAGAACGAAACACAGACCGAGUACCUUCAAAAGCAGCUUCAACUCGCAAAUCAACGACGAACGAUGUUAAUUGAGGAACUCGAACAGAAUCAACUUUCGAUCGAACAAGCUUUUGAGUCGAGAUUACGCGAAACCGAAGAGCGCUUCAAAAUGAAAUUGGGUCAAGUCGAAGAGAAGUCAAGGCAAGAGAAGAGAGAUUUGCAAAAUGAUAUUGAUAAGCUUGACGAUGAUCUCUCAAGAAGUAAACAAUCUGAAGCCUCGAUGCGUAAUAAGAUGACGAUGCUGGAAAGGCAAUGCGGUAGACUCAAUGAGGAGGCUAGAGAAUUCACCGAAACGAUCUCUCAACUCGAGCAGCUCAAUCGACAACUGAGGACAGAGCUAUCAAAGGCGAUGCAACCUCGACCACAAGAUGACAACGCAAAUGUUCUCAUGUGGAAGCAAAAAACCGAGCUUUUAGUUGCUCACAACAAAAGGUUGAGAGAGAAAGUGCAAGAGUUGUCGCUGAAUCAGAAAAAGAACAAAGCGGUGAGGGAUGUGAAUCCACUUUUUACCAAAUGGUCGUCGGCUUUUAAAUCACAAGUAAUGAUGUUCCGAAAACGACGAGUAGCUCGGGGUGAUACUCUCUCCGAAAUGGACAGUGAGCCAGAGGCAAUCUUUGCUCGAGUAAGACGAAGAAGGCUGAGGAAACGAAAAGAACGAAAACAGCGACAUGAACGACUUUUGGCUCGGCUGUCUAUACAACAAGAUGAUGCCUCUUCAUCCACCUCUACUGAAGGAAAGAUCCCGAAAAGUCACUCGAGUUCAACUGUUCACAAGAAUUCGAUCAAACAGCUGGAGGAUAGAGUCGGGAAACUGCAGGAUGAUCAUCGCCGAGAGCUCGCCCAAAUGAAACUUACCGCUAGCAAGACACUCGCCGAAGCGUUAAACGAUCAAGAAAAACAAUUGAAUUCUCAAUACGAACGACAAAUUGAGCUUCGAAUAUCUGGUGAGAGAUCUCAGUUGGAGCAAUCGUUUGCAAACGAGAAAAUGAAGUUGAUGACUCGAUUACAAGAAGACUUUGAGUCCGAACUCCAGCGGAUAUCCGCCUCCACACAAAGCGAGGGACCGGCCGCCAUCGAGCAAUAUAAGCGUCAAAUCAAGAUGCUCGAAUCUUCCCUGGAAGGUCAACGAAACGGCUAUGAGAAGAGGCUGGCCGAGAUGAGGGACAAAUACCGCAAUCAGGUCCGCGCACACACAAGCUCUGUCUUGAUCGACAAAAACACUAACAACUUCUUGGCGCUGAUUGAGAAGUACAAAAAUCUCGAUCCGAGCACGUCCAUCUUUGAACAAAUCUCCCCGAGACUUGGAGUAGAAAAAAGACAUCAUCAUAUGCCAUUUCAAAGGAGCAUGUCAUCAAUGAGCUCUCGUUGUGAACGAUGUGAAUUGGUGGAUGCACGAUUGAGGGAACUCUAUCAUACAUGCACUGGAGACACAACAACAGCCGAAAGUGGAAUUGAGGAUAUUGGAAGUUCGGCUGGAAGUUUGAGUGAUGAUAAAAUCGUGCUCAAGCGAGAGAUUCGAAAGUUGAAGGGCAGACUGGAAGCGGCAAAAGAAAAAGUGGCUGAGCUACGAGUACUCUUCUCAAUGCAAAACGGUUCCUCAUCAGCUCGUUAUAAAUGCUCAAUGGGUGGCUCACAGGAUAGUCAACAAACAGCCGAAUGGCGUAGGACGCCGAUUACCAAAUGGAGUGACGUGAACCCAACAAUAGAAAGGCUUGAAAGCGAGAAAUUGAUUCUUGAAUCGAGACUUUCUGAGGCACAACUACUCAUCAAGAAUCUCGUCGAACAGUAUAGGAAACAGCUCGACGAGACGGCGAGAUUGGGCGGCAUUCUACAAGACAUGUACGCCCAACAGUCGCCGAAUGAGAAUGGUAGCAUAGCGAAGUCGGCGCCUCCAACCUCUCGUCCUAGUUCA